AAUUUUCUUCUUACGUUGUUAACUUGUACUAAGAAAUGUUAGACACAAAAAAUAUUUUAGAUAUUAUUUUAAAUUCUAAUCGACGCAAUGUAGUUUGCUUCCUUUGCUUAAAAAGCCGAAGCAACAGACUUUUAAGUAUAUAUACAGAAUUUGAUGUUUUUGGUGAUUGCUUCAAUUUAAAAAUAUCUUUAGCCGAAAUAAUGAAACAAUUAUCUCCGUCCCAUGAAAUUUUGUUCGGCCAAGCUUGUACAGAAUGUACAAAUCUGUUAUUAAAAAUCUUUCUUAAAUUAUACAAAUACAAAAAUAAUAUGAAAAUACUCGAUUCUUUUAUUAAAAAUCUUGACAGACAAGUGCAAGAUAUAAAUACAGAAAGCAUUAACAAGAUAUUCAUAAGUAUGAACCAACCUGAACAUAAAAUCAUAGAAGAGAAAUCUAAACCAUCAAUAAAUAAGUCUAAAAAGAUUUUUAAUUGUAUUAAAUGUGAUAUAAAAUUUAUCUCAAAUGAUUUACUUCAAGAACAUAAGAAUAGCUUCCACAAAAAAAGUGAAGCUACAAUUUGUGAUGUCUGUGGUCAAAAAUUAAAAUCUCCUACCUCUCUAAAAGCUCAUAUUAACUGCCAUAAAGUAAAAGAGUGUCCUUACUGUUUUAAAACAUUAAAAUGCCAUUCACACUAUAACAUACAUAUAAAAAGACAUACAUCAAAUGUUAAAAGAAAGCGUAAUAAACUAUACUACACCUGCAGUAAUUGUAAUUAUCAAUCUUUAAAUAAAAAAACUUUAGAAGCUCAUAUCAACAGAAUACAUUUACAUAUUAGGCCUUAUGUCUGUGAAACUUGUGACAAAGGAUUUUAUAAAAAUAGUCACUUGACAGAACAUGUCAAAAUCCAUUUACAGAUUAAAAAUAAAACAUGUGAAGUCUGCGGUGAACAUUUUGUUAAUGAAAAGACAUUGAUUGAACACCAAAGACUCCAUUCUGAUGAUAAACCAUAUGAGUGUAAUAUAUGUAUGAAGAGGUUUGUUACAUCCGGAAGAAGAUCUGACCAUAUCAAAAGAAGUCAUAUGGAGAAAACUGAAUCUUGUAUAUUCUGUGACAAAAAGUACAGUCUGAGGAAAGAAUUAAAUAGACAUAUUAAGAAAUCUCAUAAUGAAAUUCCACUAAAUAUUGACAAUAACUUUGAUAUAAAUAUAUCAAAUUAUAAAUUUGAUGACUCAAUUUUACCAAUCAGUUAA